GGAGGGGACGCACGCCCAUCUCUGGCCUCUCUCACCCCACGCGGCCUUCCACACCUCGCACGCCUCAAGACGAUGACCUCCUCCUCUUUCUCACUACUGAGGGGAGGAAUUGUCUCUCUGGUUUGGCAUUAAUCGUUCCUCGUAGAUUACCGUGACGAGAAGGGACUGCUGCACUAUAAUAAAAGAUGUGAACGAGUGAUGAAAACAUAAGCAACAAACAUUGAGAAUGAACACUACUGGACUUAAACUCGCUCGGACUUGUCACUGUUUGUGAAGAUCACUAUGAGAACUGAUUACUGGCCUGGUUUUAUGGAGGUCUCUGAACUGAUUCUCUUUAGAAGAGAACAUUAUCUCCAAGAGAAUGGUGCUGUGGACUGGCAAGGCGCCCAUAAUUAAGUAGUUAUGAGACAAUUGCUUAACACGUCGUAAUAGUCUCGUGUCCCAGAAAAUAUCUGCGUCGUGUAAGAAUGAGGUGAAGAUUGUUCUCCUCUUCGUCAGUAUGGCUCCUGCUGCCCUGGUCUCGGUUAAUGGUCGUGUUGAACGAAUGUGUAAACAACACUGUAUAACUUUAUGAAUCUGUCAUUGAAAGCAGUACACGAGUCUCUGAGGCUUCGCUAGCGUACACUGAAUGCAUCAAUACUUCGAUAUGAAGGAAAAUGAGACUUGUAGUAGAUGAUACACGCGAAUGUUUAAAACGAAUUACCUGACGAUGUUGUGAUGCAGACCACAGCGAGGAGCACUGGAUAUCACCCGCACGUGGAGCUUGUGUCCUGAAACUGGGUGUUAUUAUACUUAUGAUUGAUAACGGGAAAUAAAGUAUCAAUCAACAAAAUGUGCUAUGUAGAUAAAAAACACUAAAUGCAUGAAACUUCACCAACAUUUAAUGACAUUAGAAAACGAUUCCCAUCUCCUUCUUAGAUCAAGUUAACAUAAAUCUUUCGUCUCAGUCUAAGAUUUCUACAAGGUUUCUUCUCUUCCCCUCAACACACCAAACACAGGAUUGGUGAAAUCUCUGGCACACUCGCCAACACUUCAACACUUCUACCCAUCUUUCCUGAAUUCUCAUCUAUUAAUUUUUCCCUCUCAAGGAGACCAUAGGUGUUGUGGCCCUCAAGACAAACCGUCAACAGAAGAACCUCCUCACUGGCCCUCUCCCACCAUCGAGGUCCCCGUCUUAACUGGAUCUGUCGACAUAAAGUUUCGUCAGAAGGCUCCAUCUACACUGGACUCCUUCUAGAGAGUCACUCCUCGAUCGGAACAAUAUCAUCUCCUCUAACUUUCCUGUCAAGGGAAGUCAUAUCUCCAUCAGCUUAGCUUCCAAAAGGCCUUCUGUUGGCUGGAGGACCAUGGCUACUAACACCACCACAACCAGCUCCUCCUCCUUCAUGGGCUUCUCCUUCUGUCUCCACCGCCACCUGCUGCUGCUACUCCUGCUUUCCUCUCUACUAGCUCGUCCAGGUGCGGCGCUUGAUUGGGUGAGGUUCAACGUGCCGCGGUGGGCUGCCCGGGGAGGGGAGGCGGUGCUCACCUGUCAGUUCGAUCUGGCCGACGACCUACUCUACUCCGUCAAGUGGUACAAGUCUGGCCGGGAGUUCUACCGCUUCGUGCCCGCUGAGAAACCGCCUCAGACCCACUUCCCCUUCCCCGGAGUCACUGUUGAUACCGAGCAGAGCGACGAGCAACAGGUGGCGCUGAAGGGGGUCAACUUAGAUACUGCGGGGCGCUACAAGUGUGAGGUGUUGACGGAGGCGCCUCUCUUCAAGACACUCGUCCGCUCCGCCUUACUGACUGUCUAUGAACUGCCUGAUGGUAACCCGGAAGUCAUAGGAGGACAGCAUCAGUACAGGCCAGGUGAGACGGUCAACCUUACCUGCCAGGCGCCCAGGUCUAUUCCAGCCACCACUCUCACCUGGUAUAUUAACGACCAACAGGCGCCGCAGGACUACCUGGUGGAGUACAAGGUGCCGCCUGACGCAGAGGGUCGAGUAGCGUCACGUCUGGGUCUUCAGUUCAAGGCCCGGGAGUGGCACUUCCCCGAGGGCCGCCUCACCUUCCGCUGUGCCGCCGUCCUUCACCGCCUCUACAAGAAGGACGCGCUACACGAAGGGGUGGUCGCGCCCCCGGACCCCCUCAGCCUGGGCCAUGAUGCUAGUGGAUCAGGUGAGGUGGAGAAGCAACUGAUGGUCCUCCUGAUGACUGGAGCCACCUGCCUCCUACACUUCACACUCACCUAAUCAUCAGUGGUUGUUCGUGAGAGCAAGACUGUUGUUCUGGUCAAGUGGUAAACUGGUGCUGAACUGGUGUAUUGUCUGACUGGUGAACUGGUAAUCUAGAAAAGUCUGAUUGUCAAAACAGUGAAUUGGCAAACUGUCUGAAUGGUGAAAUGGUGAACUACUAAGCCAUGUCUGACUGGCAAAAUAGUUAGCAGGUAGACUGCCUAAGUGAUGGAUCUGUCAAUUUAGUGAAGUCUCUGAGUGAUAAACUAGUGAAUUGGUGCUCUGACUGGCUGGCUGGUGAAAAACUAAAACUAUUCUGAUGGGCCAAACGGCGACACAGGGGGCCAUCACAGCCACCAAACCCAGUUAAUUGCCCUGCCUGUCAAUAACCAGUCGACAGUCAACUGUAAAUUUUUUUAGCUCAGGAGGCGACAAUUCAUCCUACAAAGAAAAAAAAAGUCUGAAUUACGAGAACCAAAAAAAAAUCACAGUUUUCCAAGCAGUAGUGUGGAGCCUCGGGAGUAUUAUAGUGUGAAAGGUGAAAAGAAAUAUAAGCCUCCCGUAUGAGUGAAAAGUCUCCGUACCAACACUGGGCUCCCUUAUAGUCGUACCCUAUAUUAGUAUGCCAGAGAGUAUCAGUGUAAGUGACGUAUUAACUAAACUAAACCAACAAAAAAAAAAAUAAAAAUGUGUUAGGGAAGAGAUAAUGUUAUAACCUAAUUAUAAGUUAUAUUGUGCUUUUGUUAAUGAUGUCUCCUAUACGCCCAGUUAUUGGCUGUAUAUAUGUAAACAAUAUAUAUAUAUUAUACACGCAUAUAAACAUCAUGUGUGAAUGUAUGUUAGGGUGUGAACAAGGGUUAUAAGGUUAAGGUUACAAACUCUAUGCUCUUCGUGUUUAUAUCUUUACUUUUCUCCGCCGGAAGGUAAGCUUGUUAACACCGGCUGCUGGUUCACGGCCGUCGGCAAAAAAAUCUUAUUUAUCUUCCUGACUGGUCGAGUAACAGGUGAAGUCGUCGAGACCAACUUAGUGAUGAUUUUCUCCGCAUAUAUUAACACCUGAGACUCCAAUGUGUUGUUUUAGCUUCAUUUACUUUAACCUAACCUAACCUUUGGGAAGACAUUUACCUCAAGGUUGGUCUGAUCUUAACUGAGAGUCUUGUUAACGUUUUCAAUACCACCAACUUACGAGGAAAAUGAAACGUACGAACUUUUGAGAAUCCAGCUAUUUUUUUUUUUAUCAUAGCUUAAGGGGACCAAUUAGAUGUCUCCUACAUUACCUCCUGCUGACAAAUUAUGACAUACGAUCCUCGUCUCACCUUUUUUGUUUUUACUCUGAGGUUAACUAUAAAGUAAAGCUAAAUAUUAUGUGUGAUAUUAACUUGAAAUAUAUUUAUCCACCUCAUGUUAUACGAAAUAUAUAUUAAAUGGAUAAGAGUAUGGGACAACUUGUAAAAAUGUUGAAUUGUGGAAAAUUAUCGUAAAACCGAAUUGAGUUGGUGGGGUU